CGUGUUUGAAGUAAAAGUUCAGGCUCGAUGCGAUGAAUGCGAUCGUGUUAUACUGUUUGAAAUGGGAGAAUUUCCUUGUUUAUGGAACCGUUUCUUGUGGUAACGUUAUUACCAGCGUACAAAGGGAAUAAUUCUGUUAGCUGUGCUGCUUAUUUUGGAAUCGAAAACAUUGUUAUACCUGCCGUAGAACGGCUUUUAGACCAAGAAGCGGGAAGGACAGCGGUUGUGGCGCAUUCAAGAAUUUUUCUGGCUUUUACUGUGGAAGUUUGAGUAAAUUGUCAAGCAACAGGUCAAUUUGUUCGUGCACGGACGUCCCUUUGUGUGUUUUUGCGACGAGCCGUAUGCGGCGAUUCACCUUUCAUGCAGUUUUGCUUUUAUUUAUGAUGGACUGAGGUAAUCGAUUCAUUGACAAUGGCCGUGGUCCACUGGUCGCGUAAAUUCUGGCGAAAACUUUGAGGAAUUUUGCUUAGAACGAUUUUUAAAUCUUAUUGAAUUUGAAUUGCCUUUACUUUGGAACUAGUAUUGGAUUAUUUUUUGUGCGAGAAAUUUAGAAAAGCAGAGAUUUGUUGGCCUGUUUUGGAUCCGUUGUAUGGAUCGGCGAGAUUCAGUGAUUGGUUCACUCGCGUAAGAGUCGAAAUUUAAAACUCCCUCCUUUUUACUGGCACACAACUUUGUGCUUCAUUACAAGGGGUGAUUGAACCAGGAACACCAUGUUUCAACCCUCGCAUUUUCAAAAAAUGGCCCAACAUUUGGGUGUAGACUCUCUAACCUACGAGAAAGAGUACAAUGCAUUCAUGACAAAGUUGAAGAACUUCCACGAGUCCAAAGGGUGAGCUUAGUGAAUGUUUGGAGGUUUUCUUGCCACGGAUAUUUUGUGUGUUAUUUCCGCAAUACUUAAAGAUAAUUUUAUCCUAUACUUUGUCGCCUAGGACGCCGUUUAGACGUUUGCCGUGGUUAGGAGGGCAAUAUUUGGACUUGUAUCUUCUGUACCGUAAAGUUACAUUGGCCGGUGGUUGGGUGAAGGUAGGUGGCUAGAUUCCCGCGUUUUGUUCAAAUUUUAUAAUGGUCUUCGUCGAUUCUUUCGUCUUACGAACCACUGAGAUGUGACUUGAACGGUAUCUGUCCAUAUCCUAGGUCACGGAAGGGAAAACUUGGCGAGACAUCGCCGAAGUUUUUAAUUUACCGCCGACCUGUACAAAUGCUGCUUUCGCUUUACGGCAACAUUAUUCUCGGUAAGUGAAACACAAGCCUUCCAUUCACGUCCAAAGUUGUGUACAUUUAGGACUCUAACCUUUCAAUUAACUGACGUUUAAAGAAAAUUUAGGGGAUACGUUACGUCUGUACCUCUUGAAUGGUGCAUUUUGGCUGACAAAAGUCACAUUACCUCGAGCAAGAAUCUCUCUAACGAUUCUUGUAAAGUCACGUUACAACGAGUGUGCUGGUGAUAAGAUUAUACACUUGGAAACUUCCGUUAGCCACAUAAAAUCUGUUAUUUGCCUUGACAUUUUCUCCAUCGUAAUGCAAGGUGUAUUUCAUUUGUUUGCCAGCACUGGAAUUUUUGAAGAGUCGGUGAAAGUUUGGGAAACAAAGUUAGGUCUUUAUGCCCGGGGAUGCCUUGAUAAUAGCAGUUUCUUUUAGCAGUGUGUUUCCUAAAAUUCUCGUAAGCUUAAUCUUUUACAUAAUUUUAUGAUUGAUUUGUUUUCACGGGGUUAUUUCCGGUAUUCUUGACUCUAGCGAUGAUAUUCCUUCAAAAUAAUAUGUAUCCUUGUUGAAAGAUAUCGGAUAAAGAAAGAAAAAACCACUGACAAUGGACUACUACUUCUUUGUGUGUGACUAUGUGCAUUGUUAUCGAAUAUUUUUUAACGAUCUGAAAACUUCACGACUUCUUGUCGUUCGUGGUUUUAGCUUUAUCCUGAAAAAGAAAUAAUUCCCUUGAGCCAUGCAGGAAGCAAGCUUUAAAAUGGUUUUAUGGCAUUAAAUCUCAUUAUGCAAAUGAAAACGUGCUACAUAAAACAAUAUAAUUAUUGUCCAUCAGUUUGGCCUAAGUCGAACAUCGAGGCUUUCGUACGUUUGUAAGAAACACAGACGAGUUGAAGUUUUUUGAGAGAAUUAUUCAGAGAUUAAGUAAGAUAUCUCUUACUCAAACGCAUUUGUUUAGACUCUUAUUUUAGUAGAUACAAUAAGCUUGGCACAACUCAUUCAAGAAUUUUGAUAGAGAAAGAGGAGACUUCUGUUACCAUGUAAAGGAACAUACCCAGUUGAAAAGCUUACACGAUUUUUGAACUUUCCUAUUCCAAAACCUUCCUCACUUCCACAUUUCUAUUGAGAAAAUAGAAGGAAAAUUUACAAUGAUUAAGAAAUGCAUCUCAGUUUUAAUGAUUGUUACUAAUUCUAAAAAUCAAUGUUUACAUUUGAUGUCAUACCCCUGGUUGCUGGUAAAAUUAAAGCUUGUGUUGUCAUAUCAGUGAAGUAUUUCUUGAACUUCCUUAAAUACAAGUUGUAAUUUCUUUUAUAUUUCUUCACAUUAAUUUGUUAUAUUUCAUCCAUUAAAAAAAAAGAAAAAUGUGGCAAAAAAAGAAGUUCUUGAGACAGAACAGAACAAUGUUUCAAAGCUGCUUAUUUUCUUCUUGAAUGAUUAUUAAAUGGCAACAAAAUUAUUCUUGCAUGUUCAAGGAAAAAAAAUUUAGGGUUAAGUCUACAACAGGUGCAAUCAAUGACAAAUAGUGACUAACAGUUUAUUAAGUAGCCAAAUGACUAUUGUUACAUGACAAGCCUGGGUAUUUCAGAGUAUGUAUUUGGUCAGUUUAACUCUAGUGAUUAGAAAAAGAGCAUUUUACCUGUGUUUUUUUUGUCAGUACUAAAUGAAGUAGGGGUGUAGUUUACUGGAAAAUGAAAAAUCAUUCUGUGAAUUGUAACUCGAGUGCUCCCUGUGAAAUGAUAAAUGCUUAGAUCUUUGAUUGUGAAUUGUGAAUACACUGAUAUUGAAGAAAUUAAAGCAGGCCUCUGUGGCUUGAUUUAACUCAGUGUAGCUUUUUGUUCAGUAGGUUGCGAGCAAGCCAUACAACUCAAAAUUUGAGUUGAGAAAAUGUUUUUUCUAGUUCCACCACCUAUGAAGUGAAGUGCUCAAAGCACUUUAGAAAUUGUUACCGUAACUAUUUGUUUGACUUUUGUUUUUGAGAAUCAAGUGUCAUGGCUUGGGAAAUGUAAAAUAUUUUUGCAUUUCAUGAGUAAUGAAACUGGAUUCUGGGAAAUAGAAGUCAUACAUCAUAGAGACCAUUAAAAAAAGUUAUGAAAAUUACUGGUCUUGUCCUGAUGGUUUUUGACCUCUUGCUGAAUUGAGUGAUCUUAUAUACCUUAUUCUCACCUAAUUUCGCAAGUAUUAAAUUUGGGAAAAAUCAUGAGCCAUAUUUUUUGAGUAUUUAAUUUCGUGAUUUUUAGGGAUUUAUAGGGAUUUUUAGUGAAUUUUUAGAGAUUUUUAGAUAUCGCAAGUAUUAAAUUUCACGAUUUUUCCCAAAUUGUGAAAUUGAAAACUCUUGAAAUUAAGUGAGAUUAAGGUAUAUGUGAAAUACUAAUAGUACAGUAGAACCGUGGUAACUCGAACUCUGAAGGGAAACGAAAAACUAUUCGAGGUAGUGGGGAAUUCAAGUUAUUGGGGUUAAUUUCACUGAAAUUUUGAUCAAGGGAAAGGAAAUUGAGUUUAAGUUAGUGGGGAAUUCGAGUUAUCCAAGUUUGAGUUAUUGAGGUUCUUUUGUAUUUAGGUUUAAUUAUAUACCACACAAAUCCCAAUCAGGUACCUUACUUUUUUGCAAGUGAAGAGAAAACUACUGGAAAAUUAAGGAUCAUAUCAUUGAGUAAGUCUGCUUUCAUUUCACUCUUUCAGUUACUUGGAAAGCUUUGAGAGAAUCAACUUCUUUGGGGAAGAUGCAGAAGAUGUUCUUUCUGCUGGAAGACCCCACACUCCAGUUGGAGGAGGCUCAUUUUCAACUCAUAUACCCACGGUGGCAGCUGCAGGUACCCCACUAAUAUUCUAAAUUGCAUUCCAGUAUUUAUUUGUUGUUGGGUAAGCCCCCAUAAGAGGCCUUCAAACCCUUUCACCUCUAGUGGCUACAUGCAAGACCUGUUCUCGUAAGCGGCCACAUCCUGAGGGUGUCCACUUAUGAGGGCUUCUACCGUAUUUAUAUGUAAGGCUUCGUGACUAACGUAGCUAUACUGAUAAAAAGUAUUAUGUUGUGGGAUAUUUAAAUAUUAUUUUAUUAAUAUCAUUGAUGGGCAUACCUUUUCUCACCUUUUGCUUUUUUUUUUCCAGACUAUGUUUCUGUCAUUUCUACAAGUAAAGGUAUUGUUUUCAAGUGCGUGUUUUGCAUUGCUAUGUGUGACUGGUUGAAGUUGUUUUGAUACAGAAGCCCAUUACUUCAAAAUUUUAUUUUAAUGUACCAUCAAUGGAAUUUUGAUUGCAGAUCCAUCAAGGAACUUUGAUAAACUUGUUCUCUCUCUUCAAUGUGGCAUGCCUAAUGAAGUGGAUUUUGCCAUUAACAUUUGUAUGCUGUUGUCAAAUGUUAGCAACUCAGUUUUUAACCUGAGCAAGGUAUGAUAAGAAUGAAUUUACCUCCUCUUGAAAUCCUUCUAUGAAUCAAUAGUUAAUCAGGAAAGGACCUACAAAAACCGACAAUUAUGUGCAGGCCCAUAAAACUUCUCAGAGAAUAAGUGAGAAACAGUGCGCCGCUCAGACCUGAAACUUGGAUAUAUUGUAUAUGUUACAGGUUUGAAAUUUGACUUCUGAUUAAAAGGUUUUAACCUAGGUUGAUUAUCAGAUUAAAUCAAAAUUAACCUGAAAUCAAAUUUGACCUGUAACAUGUAUUUAUGAGUCUUCUGUAACAUUUCAUUUUCUUGUUUUGUUGAGCGGUUUCAAAUAUAAUUUUUAAUUGUGUGACAGUAAAAACUCUCUACAACUUAGAAGACAAUUUUAUCACCAAAAGACUAUACUUAGUUUCAUUUUUUGAUGCUAACGCUUUUACUUAUGUGACUUGAUUUAUUUCAUUUAGGCUCCAGCAGUAAUAGAUACAUUGUUGGCACACACUGGGAUAUUUUCAGAAGGUAUGCAGAAGUUCAUGCAAAAAGAAACGGGAGAAGUAGUUUAACUAGAAAUAUAUCCUCGUUGUCAGAAAAGUCUUGCAAAGAUGCAAUAUCUGAAAAGAAACAAUAAUGUUUCAAAACUUCCAGAGGAUUAUUGUGCUAUCCUGACUUCACUGAGAACAAAAUUUUUAAUAACCCCAGCCUGUCUUUAUUUUCACCCUACAAGGUUGCAGUAGUUUAGUAUCUUAUGUAAAGCGUAUUUCCUUGCCGUUUUCCAAGCUUUUGUUUGGUUACUUAUUUUCACUGUCAUCUUAAAAGAAAUUGUGUUAAUAUUUCUCUAGAUUCCCAUGGAUUAAAAGAACUGUAUGAAGAUUGGUACUUAAAGCAGCACAUGGAAAGAGAUUUUGUGAAGGUAAUGUAUGAAAUGCAGGUUUCCAGCUCUAUAGUGAACAAAAAUGAUUACCAUGUAGCAUUGAAUGUUAUUUCCUUGUUAAACCUGGUUGGGUAAUAUAAACUUAAAACUUGUUUUCGACAGUUUUGGAAAGAUAACUUAAAAGUUGAAGGAGUUCGGGAGAUCCUCUGCAGCAAAAAUGGUAUGUACAAGUUUUAAUAAUUCCUAUUUAGAUUAGUUGUAUUAGAUUCUUUGACAUAAUGGGUAGAGUUAUGGGAUGAUUUUUAGGCUUCCCUUUGCCUCUCUCCUGUCACUUUUGUAAAUAUCGCUAAUUUAUGUUCGAAUGUUUUUGUCUGUUUAAAUAUAACUAGAUUUUAGUUUUUAGUUUAUUUAGUGGCUAGUUAAUUGCAAACGACCCCACAAGCUCAUGUAUCUUUAAUACUUAUCAUUUUAAAAUAAAGGCAAUCUAUCUAUCUAUCUAUCUCCCAAGACAAGAGCUGUCAAAAUAGACCAAUAAUAGGGUAUACUAGAAUCUGGUAUUCGAGAACAAGCUUUUGCUAAAAAGUACUACGGGCGUUCCCUUGCUCUAACCUCCUGCCCCACCCCCUCGCCAUUUUCUUCCACUUACAUCUCUUUGCACCAUCCCCAUGAUCUGAACGCAUGGAACAGGCUAGAAAACGAGCCUUCUAGAGACACAUUGGAUAUUUAAUGGUCCUACUGUUUUUCACACUCAGCUCUGUAUUGUUUUGUAUUUUGGAACCUUAUUGGGUUUCCUUUGAUGUGUGAACUCUAGCUUACAAUAUUGCUGUUUCAAGUAUCAGUUUUUACACAUCUAAGUUCAAAUUUUGGUCUCAUGGUUCUUAGCAGAUGAGGGACCAAAUGCUACUGAUGUAGAGGCACUUUUUCAUCCUGUAAGAAGAAAAGUUGGAGCAAAAGACGUUGAAUGUCAGAGGAUUUCCCAGGUUAUUACACAAAACAAUUUAGAAUUUUAAAUGCAAGUUCAGCCCUUGUUGUGAAUUGUCUUCAAUGAACCAGAUGUUUGAAAUUUUCCAGUACGUCCUUGUUAUGUGGCGAGUGAUCUUGAAUUUUAUUGCACUUUUGUUCUCAUUUUUUUGCAAUGUUAAAAAUAAUACUGUCAAAAUUGAGCCUCCUUUUUUCCAAAAAUUAUGUAUGCAGAAAAAGUAGUAAGAAUAAGGUUCUGUCCAGUCUCUUUUUCAUAUUAGAACAGAAUAAUAUUAUUUGCCAAUGUGGGCCGCAUCUUAAUAGUUCUUGUUUCUCCACUCUAGCCCAUCUGUUUCAUUUCAUGUUAUAGGUGUAAACAGUGGAGAUAGAAAAACAGUGGUGUUAUUUUGAGUGCUUGACAUNUUCUCAUUUUUUUGCAAUGUUAAAAAUAAUACUGUCAAAAUUGAGCCUCCUUUUUUCCAAAAAUUAUGUAUGCAGAAAAAGUAGUAAGAAUAAGGUUCUGUCCAGUCUCUUUUUCAUAUUAGAACAGAAUAAUAUUAUUUGCCAAUGUGGGCCGCAUCUUAAUAGUUCUUGUUUCUCCACUCUAGCCCAUCUGUUUCAUUUCAUGUUAUAGGUGUAAACAGUGGAGAUAGAAAAACAGUGGUGUUAUUUUGAGUGCUUGACAUAUUAUGAUAACACUCCUCUCUGCGCCAUCACACUGUCUUUGUCAGUGGUUUACAAUUAGGCCCAGUUCAAAUGUUGAUCUUUCAUGUACCGAACUUAAUGCCAAUUUAGGUGGACCCAAAUGAUAUAAGGUCGAUGGUUGAUUCAGAUGUCGAACUUAAUUAGUCGGACUCAAUUCAUUUUUACGAAUCAUGUUCAAUGGUCUGAAAUGCUUGCAAGUGAAAAUAAAUUUUAGUUAUUUAUUCCUUUUGUUUGGCACAUGAGAAGUUCGAUGUUUAAAACAAAGUCACUCCACAGUCGAAAUUCCCAUGUGGGCCACUCGAUCAUAAUUCAUGAGUCGACCCAAAUUAGAUAUGUUGAACUUAAUUGAUUCAAACGUUGAUCUUUUCAUAUACUUAAUUGAAGGGAUUAGGUUCGAUUCAUGAAAAGAUUGAUGUUUGAACUGAGCCUUAUUGUAAGUAAGCAAUGGUGUCAGGCCUUGUCAUCAAUUUUUCAACUUCCUUUUGUAGGUUGGAAUGAUCCUUUAUAACUUCUCAUUUGAUGACACAAAUGCUAGUGUCCUUGCAAGUCAUCCUUUGUGUUUGAGGUAAGACUGUCGUGAUAAAAUUGUUACUUUCUGAAUUGGGAUAUGGAAGAGAAUCCCUCCUUUUUUUAGACCUCUCAGAGCACAUUUUGCUUGCUAUUCACACUUAGUCAUAUGUCUCUUAUCAUUUCCACAUAGACAGCUGGCUUGUGAAAAUAUUGACUGAAAUAUUGUUACAAUAUUAUGGAUUUCAUUUUGAAAUUAUGAUAUCUUUUGGCCAUUAAAAGUGCCUAGGUAUUCUUAAAAUUGACAACUGUCUUGUUAUCCACCUAUUCACGUAACCGUCAGCAACGAUCCUCAGCCAUUUGCAUUAAAAAGAAACGUAAGAUUAACAGUGCAAAUUUCCUGUUAGUCCAGUCUCUUUGUUUGGGAGAGUUUUGUUGUACCCUGUCUUAGAAAACUUGGCUAAAGUGGAAUUUCUAGCAUGGGAAACAAAAAAGGGCUAAAGAAUUCCUCCUGAAGAGAGGAAACAAUCACAGAAAAUUCACAUUUCAUUGUAAGCAGCUUUAUGCAACCUGCCUCAGGUGCUGGGGUCGUUGCCUGCAGAUCUUUGUCUUGUUGUAACCUACACUAAUGCGAUAUCACAUUUUCAAGAAGUUCAAAAUGUUAGUCCUUGGUUGAAACAUCUUUCGAAUGCGUGGAUAAUUGUCAGCAUGGUGCUUUAGGUAGAUAAUCAGUAAUGAGGGGGUUCACUCCCUAUGGUUUUCUUGUGGAAAGUAUUGAGUGACUUUUUGUUGCCUUUUUGCAGAUUUCUUAUACAGUGUAUCUGUAGUGAACAUGGAUUUCUUCAAAGAAUGGCCUGGGAGACUCUGUCAAACUUGGCAGAAAAGGUAAAUCUACAAGAUUAACAUUCUGUUUUUUUUGAAAGGAUAGUGUUGUUUAUGCAUGAUUUUCUUUUCAUACAAACAGAUGUUAUUGGAGCCCAUAGAAUCAUCCAAUACUCAGAUGUUCUUUCAGAUGCUUCAUUUCUUUUUGGAUCACAAAGAUCGAUACCAUGUCACAAAUGGUAAGUUUUUUAAAAAAGAGUGUAUAAUUUUUUCUUAACUGAAUUCCAAGUCGUUCAUGUAAAAUUUGCCCCCUUCCUAUGACAAUUUUUGAAAAGAUUUUUUGGUUGAGCAAAACCACACUCGUCCAAAGGGCGGCUUUUGAAAGUUAUCUUAAUCAUCCGUACAAGAUUGUAAUCUGGGACGACCGGACGACUGGGAAUAUUUUACUCUGCUUUACCUUAAACAAAAGUAACGGCUGAUAAUAGUGCAAAACAGUAAAUCUGAAUCUGAAUCUAAAUCUCAUUGCUGUUGAUAGCCAUGGAUGUCUUGGGCAAGUUGUGUACCCUUGAGGGAAAUGAUGAGGUCAUAGAAGGUGGCCUUGAACCUGAAGCAUAUCAGUCCCUCAUCAAAGUUCUGAUUGUCAGUGAUGUUCAGGUAAUGUACGAAACUUAAAAAAAUAUCAUUGGGCUGGUUACUAAAAUAGUGUUUAACAAAAUGGUGUUCUAAGCCAUUGUUUGUUUGUUCUUGAAGUCCAGUUCAGUCCUGGCUAGAAAGCCAUUAACCUACUUAGAAUACACCACUUGUGAUAAACAAAAUAGGGGGCCACUUAUUUUCUUACUUUAAGCUAGAACUUUGUUGAAAAAUACCAACCUGUUUUGUGCAAUGUCCAGUUUGGGUAACUUUCAAAAUGCGGUUGACUUUGUCUAAUUGGACCUGUUGAGGUAGGAAGUGAGGGUUUGUUUUGAAGAGUGUCAAAGAAAAUAGGACUACAAAAAGAUGGACUGGAAAUAUUAAGUUUGUUUUAUAAGCUAAUAGAAGAAGGUGUAUGGCAGUUGUUGUUCACUGGGUUUUCCUUGCCUCUGUAAUUUUGCGCAUUCCACAUACAAGUAUCUGGAAGUUUAUUUAUUUAUUUAUUUAUUUGUGUAUUUAGUUAUUAAGAGUUACUUGUUCAUUUGUAGAAAUUCUUCCUUGCUACAGCACCUAAACAGCAAUAAACAACAGCUGCAUAAAUUUGCAUGGUAGAAAUUAUUCUUGAAAUUUCAUGUCUGUUUCAGUUGGUGUUAUCUUCGCUGGAAUCAUUGUACAAUCUCUCGGGAGUUGGCCAAGUGACCUCAGAUCACAUUGCCGAGGUUCAUCACAGUAUAGGUAGGUGAAUGGUUUGAUGCAUGUGUAUGUUCACUCCACAUAAACUGUUUUAAUCCUUGAUUGCUUUUUCCCUUUAGUUUUAUCCUUAUAUUAUUAUGGGCUGUUCUUGUAUGUACACAUCAAUGUGGUCUUGUUUCUCCAGUUCCAGUUAUUUUAAGGAUAGUAUAGCAUUGGUUUCUGGGAAAGUUUUAUCCAUUGGAUAAUACAAUAUUUAUUCUUGUUCUACUUAUGCUUAUCUGCUAAGUAGUGAUUUAUCCAGUGGAUAGCAUUGUCACCCUCGGCACAACUCAGGUGUAGAAUUUAAGCAAUCAAGAUCAUUCUGAUUGAAUACCUUUAAAGCCUUUUAACUUCAAACAAUGUUCAUCAUCAUCAUCAUCAUCAUCAUCAUCAGCAUCAUCUGUAUAAUAGUCUUACUGAUCAUCAUCGUCAUCAUUAUUUUGUUUUGCCUUGUUUUAAUGAUUCUUAACAAAGGGCUUUUUACUUUGUGCAGAUGUUUUGGUGUGUUUGGUGACUAUGGAUGCAGAAUGCUUUGGUCCAGAAGCCUUAUCAGAGGUGCAAAUCUUGGAAAAAAGAGUGCCUGCUGCUGUGCAACCAGCCAUGCAAGCUGCCAUGCCAUCCCCAGCAACACCCAAACCACAGUCAUCUCCAAUGCCAGGUCUUUACUUUAAUCUUUCUUUAGUAUUGCUGUACUUUAAAAAGUUAUAUCCAGGCUAGAAAUAACCAAAGGUUAAUGAGUGUAGGAGGUAUGUUUAGAAUGAGGAGGAUAGGUUUAGUAGGGAGAUUUUUGAAAGUGACAAAAAAUUAUCGAUAUACAGUGUAAACCAUCAUAAGCCUAGAUGACAAAGCUCACUGAGGAUCAAUUGUGCCUUUUUCAUAAAUGUGUGAAUAAAUUACCCUUUUCAGGGAAACUCCGUGUGAUUUAAACUUUGCCUAGCAUAACACACUGUAAGCUUUAGAAACAUAAAUAUAUAUGUAAUCUGAACAGUUGGUGCAGAGCAUUUUAUUAAAGGGAUGUUCAAUAUUGCAUUACAAACCAGAAUUUCCAAACCAGCUGAUUCACUGGUUGGGAUAAUCAUACUUUUGAAUACGUCUUAAUUCAGAGUAUUUUUUGUUGUUGCUUAGUUGUUCCACAGCAACCUAAGGAGCCAGUCGUUCAGCACCAAGCACCACCAUCUAGCCCUUCACCUGGUCCAAUACGCAGCCCAUCGCCCAGCCCAGUGCCAAUCAAAACAACUGGAACUGAGAUAGAACCAGAGACAUUCACUUAUAACUGGUGAGCCUAAACGUCUGAACACAAGAUGCAAUGUGUGACACAGUAUUAGUACCACUCAUGUGUCCGUGCUGUUCCUGCAUGUGCAUGUAGGAGAUAAUACCUUCCCUUCUGCUUUUAGACAGUAUUCUUAGUUCUGGUAACUUUUUAUUUUUUACAAUUCCAUUACUGUAUUACAGGUUACAAGGAACUUAUGAGUCUUGUCCCGGCAGUUCUGUGUCCCGCAUUGACAUCUAUGCUGACUACCUAUCAUCUUGUAGCAAGUUGGCCAGAAUAGGGAUUCUAAAUGCAACAGCAUUUAAUAGAAUUAUCAAGUAAGCUUAAUCUUCUGUGAUUUACUGAGCUUUUCACAAACAUGCGAACUCUAAAGUUCAAAAGCCGCCUUCACAAUUGCGUUUUUCGCUUCCGUCAAUCACAAUUAUGAUCACAAGCAGUGAACCUUGAAACACAGAAACACAUAAAACGGAUCGAAAUCCACCAAUCACAAAUCACAAACCUUGACCUUUUGAACCCGUCAAAGUAAAGUUUUGUUUCCUAAGAGGUCCGUUAAGAUGAUUGACGGCAGCGAAAAAUGCAAUCGUCUGUUGGCUUUUGAACUUCAGAAUUCGCAUGUUUGUGAAAAGUGCAGUAAGAUAGUAAUAUUAUUAUAACACUAUUCGCAUUUUGGUCACCAGAAGAGUUUAGGUGAGUUUGCCCCUUAGUGGUAAUUAGAGAUUGACAAAGCCUUUCUUCAGGGUUGUCAGAAAGUUUUGAAGUAGAUGGCUGAGUUGUCAAAGUAAGUGGCUAGUCCAGGGAUAUUUUAUUUAAAAAACACCAUCUGUAAAGAAAUUCCAAGCAGAGUAGCCGGCCAGUACUAACCAAGUAGGCGGCGAUUUUCACUGGCAGCCGGCUACUUUUGACAACCCUGCUUUCUUACCUCCCAGGUAAAAUAUCUAUUAUUAACCUCUUUCAAAAGAAAGGGUGCCUUAUUAUAGGGAAGAUUGGGAUGGAUAUAAAAGCUUUUUACAAGGGUCUGUAUGGAAAACCGGUGAUCCAUGACUGGGUAGGAAGAGUGGUAGCUUGUGUACAGCUGCCCCCUCCAAGAGUGGUUCUUCCCAUACAAAUCCCCUUAAUUUUUCGGCGGCCAAAGCACUCACUUCUUUUGAGAUGUAAGCCUGAACAUUUUGUAGUUCAGCUAUUUUUUCAAAAAAAGAAUCAUUUUUGUGUCAUGUCAUUAAAGCCCCAUUUACACGGCGGAAAAUUUUUGGCGUGGCUUGGAUGAAAGUGGUACGCGUACCAAAAAAAUAGUACUGAUUACUCAUUUACACGUUCUUUUUUCUUCCGUGCUAAACGAUGUGAAAUUAUGAUUUGGUACGGGUAAAAGGCUCAGCAUCUCGGCCAGCGUACUCGAUUCUUGCUUAGUGCGCAUGCUGCUUCCUCUGUAAAAACAUGGUGGACGAAAAGUUCUUAGAAUUCCCACAGCUGCAUGUAGUCUACGCACAAGGAACAAAUGGGUGGUCAUUGAAUACUGGUGCGGUUAUUGAAUUAUUGUGUGGUUAUUGAACACACUGAACUAACGAAAAAGUAUUUACCACUUAGUUAAUGCUACACAUUUAUAUGAAAAAAUUCUAACGUAUUUGUGGCUAUUUCCCCCGCAGCUGCAUGUUGUCCACGCUAAUCAAUGAACUAACGUGUGGUCAUUAAACCACUGUCAUGUUUAUUGAACUUUUGGUUUAUAUUGAACUAACGAAAAAGCUCAUCUGUACAUACAUAUUGGUGCUGACCAAAGGCACGAAGGCUCAUCAGAGAAAAAUUAGCUCGGCACGGCUAAUCGUUUACACUGCACACUUUAUCCGAGCUGGGCUAGAUUUUCAGGAUCGUGUACCAGUUUUAUCCGUGCUCGGACUACCUCUCGACAUGGUCCGAGCACGGGUGAAAUUUUGGUCCGGCAGGGAUGGGCCAAAGUCGUUUACACGACUAAAUCUAUGUGUGCCGAACCAAUUUUUUUGGUACACGUACUUUUUUCAUCCGAGCCGUGCCAAAAAUUUUCGGCCGUGUAAAUGGGGCUUAAAUGUAAAUUAUUUAGGCAAAGUUAUUUUUGAACCAAUGCUGGUUAGCAGUUUUCUGUACUAUGCUUGGGGCAGCAUGAUAGCCUCUAGCAGGGCACCUAGUGACUUGUAUACACAGUCGUUUGCUUGCGGUUCUUCACAAAGUGUCUUUGCUAUAGCCUUGUUGCUUGCUUGCCAUUUGUGUGCUGUGUUUUUUCCAACCCUCCCUCUUUUUUUCAGGGCAAGGUAAGUAUUGGUUUGUGAGUAUUCCCACUGAACAGUUCAGUGUGACAGUACCUAGUGCGGGCCGCUUGCAGGGUUACCAUGGAUACCUCCUUUCUCGUGCUCAAGCAUUGGCUGGCUCCAUCAACCUUGUGGGCACCAGCAGCAAAUUUCAUCUAUUGGUGAUGAGUUUAAUAGGGAAAAAUGAUCAUGUGAGAAAGUUGAUCAUGUGACCAGCUGUUGCAAAAGGCCAACUAAAUAUAAUGAAGGCUAUUGGUAACAAGUCACAGUAGCAGUGUCACAAAAACAAUCAAUGAUACCUGUAUACAGGUGCUACAUGUACCUAGAUACAGUUACCUUGGAAACCAGAAGUCUUCUUGCUCACCAGCGGUGAGAAGCAUAAAUAUGCUUAGUGCAGGUCUUUCUUGGUGCUUUGCAGCUCGCUUUUACGGCUUCGCCCUCAAUUCCAUCACCCCCAAAGAGAGAAAACCUAAGCAUGAAUGGUAAGAUACAUUUGGCAUUGGGUAAAGAACUCAGUUUUCCUUUUGCAAUUGCAGAUUGGCUUUCCCUGAUGGCCAGCUUCGAAGAGUGCAGUCAGGGGAUAAUGCGCAAUAUGUUCUAGCUGGGAUAAAAAGAAGAGCUAACCCUCUCCCGGUCGAAACCCGUACUGACUCACCAGCUACAGCUAGACAACCUAGUGCUGCAAGUCCCCAUUCAGCAGGACACAGAGUAUCCCCAGGACAACAAAGUACCUCUAGAACCCCUACCCUACCUGUUCAGAGUCAAUUGCAGCCUGCAUGGAAUCCUCGGCAGCAAAAUGCAGUUGCUGCACAGCCAACACCCGUGCAGUCCAUGACAAGAACAGUUGAGCAGCGACCUUCACAGUUUGCAGGAGGAAGUCAGCAGCAGCAGCAUCAACCUGGAAUGGUUCGAGUGCCUAGAAGACCAAGCUUUUCCAACCAAGGAAACAUGCCUACAACUCCUGAUCAGGUAUUUUUUUUUUAACCCUGUGACUCUUAAGUCCCAAGCACGGGUUUAGCUACCUGCACGCUAGUUUGGAACACAUGUGUGUGCUAAAAAAUAUUUUGAAGAUGAAUAAAGGUUUCCCAAAUUUUUCAGUGAAGUUUGGCUUUUCACAGUGGUUUAGGGAAUUUUUUUCGACAAUAGUAUAUAAUCAUCUCCUUAAUUUCUUUUCGUUUUUUUUAAUGCAUUUAUCCUUUUGUGUAAUCUCUUGAUGUUGGUUUGCUUUUUUCACUGAUCAGGGUAUUAGACAGUAUCCAGCGGCAACCAUCCAACAACAAGUGUCCAAAACAGCUACUGAUUGUAGGCAGAUGAUGGCAGGGCAGAUACAGAGGACCAUUGCUUCAACAGGCAAUGAGCAACCUCUUGAAAGAAUCACAGUCAUGCGUCGAGCAAGUGUGGAGGGAUUGAAUUCGCUGCCAGGCCAAGGUACACAAUCCAUUCAAUAUCAGAGUCAAGGGCAGGCAGUACAAAGAACUUCCUUACCUCCUCCAGGUCCAGGUCCACUCAGAGAGGAAAAACAACAAACCACUUAUCCUGCUCAGGGAAUUCAGCCACAGACUGUGCCAAUGUUGCCGGGUCAAAGGAUGGCAGUGCCUGGUGCACAAUUGAUGGCAAAGCAAUCUCAGGGUGCGACUGUUGGUAUGACUGGAAAUAGCCGUCCCCCACAGAGCCUUUUGUCUAGGUCUCCACUUGUACCGCCUAGGCCUAUACAACCCUCUACCGCUCAACCAGCUCAGACAACACCUCCAACAAGUUCAGUGCGAAGGCCGUCUUUAGCUGCAGAACCACCAGUAGGUUACCAGCAGUCACCGCCUCCCUAUCCUCAGCAGCAUAACAUAAGACCUGCUCCACCCGCAUACAACAGCCGACCUACAUACUACGGGAACUAUCCACCUCUAGCCCCAAAGCCUGCCCCAGAAAUGACUGUGCAGCUUUCACAGCAGUACCAAGCUAGACAACAAAUUCCUCCCAAUACCGUUGCUAUUGGAAGACAUGCCAGGCCAGUUCCUAGCUCUCCACUCCAGCAGUCCGAUGCUGGGAGGCAGAACUUCCAGCCACAAGUACCACCCCUCAACAUAGCCCGGUCUCCACUGGUCCCUCCCAACUUGCCAAGUGGGCAACCGUUUUCUCAUUCUCAGCAGGAUGUACAUGCUGGAUUGACUCAGACUGCAGUUGGGCAAGAUAGUAGACAAUCAACCAGGUUAAAGUUCUUUUCUGUUUGUGUGAAACUCUUCGUUGUUGCAAGAGAGAAUAAUGGAAGAGAGAGGAAAAUGCUUAGUCUAGCCCUUGGGAUAUGUGAAUUUCACCAAAGUUAUUUUUAGACCAAUUUAAUGCUUGAAUUAAUCAAAAGUUAGUUUUUGAAGAGUCAAGAAACUUUUAUUCAGUGUUGUCAAGAGAGAAUUCAACAGUCACCAUUACAAUUUUCUGCAUUGUUUCCUUUGAGGCUGUUGUGGGUGGACUUGAUGACGUUUCAAACGAUCGAUUAAAUUGUGCAGACGUCUCUGGAAUCAGACUUCCGUUUAAUUACAACUCUAAAAAUAACUGCAGUGAAAUUCACCUAACCAGGCCAAUGCCCUCUGUCCAAUUAUUCUCUCUCACUUGUUUUCAUGUGAUUCCACUCUUUUUUCAUUCUGUCCACCAUCAAAGUAGUUAUUAGUAUGAUCAAUAAACCCCACUGUUCCCCAAUAGCUAGGCUUGUUGCUACCUUGGUAAGCGUCUUCCAUGUUCAACUUAGAAUAUAAUCCCAAUUUCCCGAACCCUCAGUUUGAUUACUGAUUAAACUGCUAAACCCUCAGCUAAUUACCAAUGAUUCGGACCAAAUCUAACUCCCUUCGCCAGUCAAACACUGUAAUUUUACUCCAAGGUUUUCAAAACCUCCUGAUAAUUCGAACCACUUUUCUUUUCCCAGGUUGUUGGAAUAAUCGGGAUUCCACUGUGAUGUUUUCGUUUUUGUUUUACCUUGGCUGUUUGUUUACUUUAGUAGUCUCAACUUGAAGUUUUCUUGAAUAACACUACUUCUCACUUUCCCUCUCAGCAAUUGCUGCUGCUUUGUCACCUGUAACAGAUUUUUUGUUUUGUUAUAGGCGGCCAGAAGGCGUCGUUCUCAUAGCACAGGAAGAACGAGCUGCCGACGUUGUUUCAUCAGGGCUCUUAGACGGUGCAGAGGAGCAGCAAAUUGUAGUGGUGGAAAAUAAAAAUAGAACAAACCACUCAAUAUACUCUGAAAAUGCACGGACAACUCAUGAUAUCCCAACAAAUCAAGUUGACAUUGUACAACAUAGUCGUGGUGAGUUAUUUGCAUCAAAUGCCGGUAAUCCUCAAAAGCCACAGGGAAGUCACCCCUCUAGCAAUGGCAGUUUAAAAAGAGACUUGAAUGCACACAUGAUGCAUGAAACGGUCGAGGAAAAUCUCAAUGGCCGAAGAGACAACAGUAUCGGCGGUGAUUGUGGUCCUGCAAAGAGACCGAGGCUGGAGAAGAGAAUGUCAUCGCUAGAAAGUGAACUGGACAACUCGACAUCUGUACCCUCUAGGACUGGCAGUCCAACGCAUCUUGUCAAUGGUGACAUCAAGGGAGAUCCAAGAAAUAAGCUCAUGGAUAAACUCUUGGACAAAGAUCUUCGGUUGCCCCUGAAUGGGGUUUGCGGUAUUGAUGCUUCUGACUUGGACCUUUUGGCUUCUGAUGGAGAGAGACUCAGCGGCAGCAAAGCUUCUUCGCCAGAUUUGUUCGGAAGUGAAACAAACUCGGAUUUCGGGAAAUAUCUGGAGGAAAGUGAUACUGACACGGGGCUGUUUAGUGAUGUCCUACAAGGAGAUCUUAGAAUUGAUCCAAUGGAGAAUGGCACUGAAGGAACUCACCCUGUACAAUCGUCAAAGAUGCCUACUUUUACUGAAGCACCUUUUCACGACAGUGGUAAUGUGCUAAAUGUAAAAGGAGCUUCUUCGGUCGUUACAGAACAACAAGGAAAAAUUCCAAUUCCUCCCUCAGUUAGAUCAGAUACACAAAGACUUCACGAAGGAGCUGUCAAUGUUGCUAUCAGUAGGAAUCCAUCUGCCGUAAAUUCUACUUGGAAUGCUACAAACACUGUUUCUCAAACGUCAAAACUGGGAUAUGUUAAUCAACGACUUGCUCCUGAUGUUCAGCAGAGAUUGCCUGGUUACUCACAACAGGGUCUCACGCCGCAGCAUGUAGGUAUUAGGCCGCCUUUGGAUAAUAUAAGCAGCACAGAGUCUCAGUUAACAACAGUCGCGAGUCAAAAGCGUGUUUUUCAACAUCAGAAUAUUCAGUCUAACCCGCAGCGAGUGAGAACUGCUCAGGAACCCCCAGCUGUAAUGAAUCGAUUUGGUGCGCUUCAAAAUACAUUGCCUGGGUCACACGGUCCUAGUACCAUUAACAGUAUAGCUCCUGGGAUUCAAGGAUCAGGCGUGCAGCAGCCUUUGUCAGUACGACCUCCUUUUCAAGGAGCGCCCUCGAUUCAAACGUCUUUACCAAGAGUGAAUGCUGAUUCCAGUGGAGGAAUUCAGUCAGUUGCUUGGGCACAGACUGGAGUUCAACAACAGCUAGGUUUAGUGGAAAGAAAUUCGCAACGGGUUGGGCAGGUUGUUUUACAGCAGAAUGCUGUAGCUGGAGCACAAGUACCUUCUGGACCUCCAAACGUUUCGCUACCUUCGGGGUACCAGCAAAAAACUGUGAAUGUUUAUCCAGACAUAAGGACUCAAAUUAGUGCCACUCCAGCUUCAGUCAUGUACGACACUACUUCUGCAUCUCAGAGUAGACAGCAGCCUUCACAAUAUCAGCAGACUGUGCAGCCUGGGGUGCAAAACCCAGUAGCGGCGGCGUCCAAUCCAGUCAUAGCUGGCUCACAGGAAUUUCCUUCCACUCUACCUGCAAAGGGACACCUGUCUGACUCUGUUGUACCUCCAGUCAUGUCAUUUAAACCAUACAGAUGUCGGUGGGCUACUUGCUUCAGGUAAUGCGUUUAUAGAGGUUGGGGCAAACAGAUGAUUAAUUCUGCCAAUACAAGAAAUUGCCGUGGAACCUGUUUAUUCUAGACAACAGAAAAUACAGAACUUUUAAGUCUACAAGACGAUUGCCUGUAUUGGUAACUUUUUAAUCAUGAGUUUGCUUCAUUGUUCUCUGCCUGUAAUCUGAUUGUUUUAGUCGCUCUGUAACUAAGGCGCAGAUGACGAUGGAUGUCAACGUGGCGGACUAUCCAACGAUUUGUCUUGCACAAACACUAGCGAUAUUUUUUUAGCGCGUUAAGAUAUGCGUUUGUUAUUCAAGAGGAAAAAAUGAUUCUAUAUUAUUAUUCCAUUGCUCCUGCUGAUGAUAAAGAUAUCACAAGGGGUAAAAAAUGCAGCGACUUGAUUUCUUGCAGUGCGGUAACUUUUUUGGCCCCGUGAUGUAGUCACCUCCAGGUUGUGCGGCGUGUAGAUUUCUAGGCAAAUAAAUACUUUUGAAGUAUAAUAAGGCAUAUUUUAUUCCAGCAAAAGCACAGUGAGCCAUCACCAGUUCCCAGUACUCUACCGCCGCAGGCAGCUCCAGCUCAGCACCAGCCUCCCCCGGUCCAGCCUCCUCCUCAGCCGCAGGCUCCGCCUCCAAAUCAGAAAACGACCUUUGUACCAGCCUAUCACUUUCUAGCUCGGAUGCUUCAAUCAUUUCAGGUAAAAGCAGUUUAGAGAGGUUAUUUCUUUAGGUUUAUAUAACGAACUUCAGUUUUCGUGAGCUCAAAAAGAAAGCAUUGAGGCCCCAUGUAACACGAACUAGGCGAGAGUCGUGUUUGUUUCUCGUUCCUUGUCCAAUUUCAUCUUUACACUCCCCUUCUAGGCAGUUAGUGGCAAAGUUGAAUUUUUGGAAGUGUUGCGAAAACUAUCGUUUGUUAAGUGUCAUUUUGUGAGCUUUUUUUUCUGUCUUUCGAAUUUUCCGAUUGACUUGACAACAUUUGGCGACAGCAGGUGCUCCAACACCAAGGCAGCAGUUUGCAUGUAAUUCGUAAUGUCUUAUCAUACUUGUUUACAUUAUUAGGGCGAGGAAGAGACACCACUGACUAAGACAGUAAGACUAACUGCAGCGCUUGUCCUUAGAAACGUCGCUCAAUACUCUGCUUUGGCGAGAAGGUACGUUUGUUUUCGGCAAGAGUUUUAGCCAGAAAGGUGUCCAGCCUUCCUAUGGACGCCCAUUUUUGGAAGAAUGCAAGGAAAAUCCACUUAAUCUCUUAUAAUUUUAUGGGGAAACAUGCCUUUGGACGGCCAGUUUUCCGCAAUGUCUGGCUAAAAGCCUGGCUCUCAGUAUUUAGUGUCCCCUUAUUCAUCCAAUCUAUAUCAUCCCCUAACAGACCUUCUCGCUACCAUGACAACUUAAUAUGGAGUCUAUUGCAAACUUUUCACGCAGAUGCAGGUCGAUCACUACGACCUAGAGAUUCACUCUCACUCUCUUAGUCUUAAAUUUGCCUUUUCACUUUGUCAAUCGAUAUGACACAGAGGGUGCUUCUAAUUCUCAGAUCUGGAGACCAAAUCCUGUGAUGUGACCUUUCAGCUGAAACCUUUUAGCAGUACUUUCACUUGAAAGCUAUAUGUUUUCUCUUUGUUUGCAAUAGAGAUCAUAAUUAUGUACAGUAAUUGACCUAAUAAAUGCCCGGGGGGUCUAUUUAAUUUCAGGGGUCCAAGCGGGGGCGUUUUAAUAGAUAAGAGGCGUUUAGAAGAGAGAGGCGUUUAUUCUCAUAACUGUAACAAGCUAAAAAAAACUAAUACUGUAUGCUUUCGGCAAAAAUAUCAAGAGAGUUAAAAAAAGAGCGGAAUAUCCACUCCGUCCAUUGAUAUGUCUAGGCCGUCUAGAAAUCAAUGUCGCUCUUUCAACUCUCAACAACGAUGUCAGAAUCCUCGCUCAGGGUUAUUGUGUUGCCAUCAUUAGUCUAUUCUUACUUUGAUUUUGAUAUUGAACAAGAUGAAAUACGGAAACCCUUGUUUAUCAAACAGGAAACUGAAUGAAUUGUUCGUUUUUGCUGAUUGCUAGUAUUUUGGAGUAUUUCUCACAGGAGGCGUGUAUCAGACAGGGGGCGUUUAUUUAGAAGUGGGCGUUUAUUUUUUGCAUCAAUUUGUCACGGUAUAUUCUGCACACUUUUCUUAUACAUUUUGGGUGUACCCUGGAUAAACAUUUUUAAUGUUUUGACUCCAUUUGCACCCUCUCUAACGGUUUUUUUUUGUUCUACCUGCAGUAUGCUGAGACGACACGAAAGUCACUUGUCAAUUGUGGCCAUGUCAAACUCCGAAGCUGCUCAUGCUGUAGCCGCCUGUCUUUCGGAGUUGUCUCCCCACAGAAAAGCCUCUUCCAGUGACUCGAACACCUUCAUUUGGGCGCUAGAGAGAUAACAGUUCUGGACUACUUAUUAGGGAAUUUAAGCAACGACGUUUUUGAGCGACACACGUCAACCGGAAGUGGAGGUUAAGCACUCUUCGGCUGUGAUUUUUUUGAACUAAUUCUCGGAGUUUAGCACAAUUAGGAAUCCAAAUUUGGUAGCGUUAAGGCGUAUUAAAAGAAAAAAAAGGUUCACGUUCGGUUGACCUGCGUCACCGAAAAGCGUCACUGCUUAAACUCCCUAAUCUCAUCCUUCUAGAGAAUAAUAUAUAACAGAAUAUAACCCUUCAUCUAGGCGCUAGACAGAGGGCAGCGCGGAACUAGCCUCUUGGAUCGAUCUAGAGCAUUAUAUAUAACAUAUUAUAGUCAUAACUGUCUCUGUAUAGAAAAUCUUCUUGUAACCCUUUUAAUAACCUCUUCUAAUGAUUUGGACACAUUCAUCUUGAUGCCCAAGAAGAUCGAUGCUCACAGGAAUUUCCUUCCACUCUACCUGCAAAGGGACACCUGUCUGACUCUGUUGUACCUCCAGUCAUGUCAUUUAAACCAUACAGAUGUCGGUGGGCUACUUGCUUCAGGUAAUGCGUUUAUAGAGGUAUAACUGACUAGAUCGUCUGUUAAAUGAAUGAAGGUACGCAUGAUUUAUAAUUUAAAUUUUAUUAUUGUCUACUGGAAUUUCCUGUUGGCAUUGUCCAUGCUAGAAUCUACAAGGGAAAUGAGUACAAGCUUUCGGCGCAACGACGUCUGGGAUCGUUUGGGCGGACAAGCGUUACUUGUGAUUGGUUAUUGGUUGCCUUGAAUACCAUCGACCAAUCAUAACAUCGCUUGUCCACCCAAGCGAUCCCAGAAAUCACUGCACCCAAAGCUUUUACCCAUUCUCCCUGAAGUUUCUGAAGAAGUUAAUUGAAAAAUAUGUGGAUUUCCUUUUCUUUUUUUAAAGUCAUUUUUUAAUAGAUCUGUUUGCACUUUCCACCAAAUACAUGCAUUUUGUCUUAGAACUUUUUCUUCAGAUGUGACUCUAACACGAGUACACUUUAAGUAAUAAGAUAUGCAGUUUAUUCCAUGGUAACCUUGACUUAUUUUUCUCCUUAACUAGCUCGUUUGAUACAAGUAAAGAUCUGUUCUCGCACGUGGUAAAAGAACAUGUUCCUAGAGACAGCUUGGUUUUGUCGUGUAUGUGGGAAGGAUGUCCGCCUGUUCGCCGCUCACGUUCCUCCCUGCUUUUUCAUUUGCAGGUUAGCAAGUCAAAUGUUGUUUAUACGUGCGUUAUUUACCAGUUAAUGUAGUAAAAAAUGAGGAGUCGUUCUUAUACGUUAAACUGGACCACUUGAAAAGUACUAAUGAAUCGGAUUACUGUUAAGUGGACAGUGAACAGACCUUAUUCAUGAUACAAUCGUCAUCUUUGCGUAAGGACCGAUGAGAUAAAAGCAAUGUCACGUGGUUUCUCUUGGGGCGGAGGGGAGGGGGAAGGGGGUGGGCAUAACAGAUGAUUAAUUCUGCCAAUACAAGAAAUUGCCGUGGAACCUGUUUAUUCUAGACAACAGAAAAUACAGAACUUUUAAGUCUAAAAGAUGAUUGCCUGUAUUGGUAACUUUUUAAUUAUCAGUUUGCUCUUCAUUGUUCUCUGCCUGUAAUCUGAUUGUUUUAGUCGCUCUGUAACUAAGGCGCAGAUGACGAUGGAUGUCAUCUUGGCGGACUAUUCAACGAUUUGUCUUGCGCAAACACUAGCGAUGUUUUUUAGCGCGUUAAGAUAUGCGUUUGUUAUUCAAGAGGAAAAAUUAAUUCUAUAUUAUCAUUCCAUUGCUCCUGCUGAUGAUGAAGAUAUCACAAGGGGUAAAAAAUGCAGCGACUUGAUUUCUCGCAGUGCGGUAACUUUUUUGGCCCCGUGAUGCAGUCACCUUCAGGUUGUGCGGCGUGUAGAGCUCUAGGCAAAUAAAUACUUUUGAAGUAUAAUAAGGUAUAUUUUAUUGCAGCAAAAGCACAGUGAGCCAUCACCAGUUCCCAGUACUCUCCCGCCACAGGCAGCUCCCGCUCAGCACCAGCCUCCCCCGGUCCAGCCUCCUCCUCAGCCGCAGGCUCCGCCUCCAAAUCAGAAAACGACCUUUGUACCAGCUUAUCACUUUCUAGCUCGGAUGCUACAAUCAUUUCAGGUAAAAGCAGUUUAGAGAGGUUGUUUGUUUAGGUUUAUAUAACGAACUGCAGUUUUCGUGAGCUCAAAAAGCAAGCAUUGAGGCCCCAUGUAACACGAACUAGGCGAGAGUCGUGUUCGUUGCUCGUUCCCUGUCCAAUUUCAUCUUUACACUCCCCUUCUAGGCAGUUAGUGGCAAACUUGAAUUUUUGAAAGUGUUGCGAAAACUAUCGUGUCAUUUUGUGAGCUUUUUUUUUCUGUCUUUCGAUUUUUCCGAUUGACGACAUGACAACAUUUGGUGACAGCAGGUGCUCCAACACCAAGGCAGAAGUUUGCAUGUAAUUCGUAAUGUCUUGUCAUACUUGUUUACAUUAUUAGGGCGAGGAAGAGACACCACUGACUAAGACAGUAAGACUAACUGCAGCGCUUGUCCUUAGAAACGUUGCCCAAUACUCUGCUUUGGCGAGAAGGUACGUUUGUUUUCAGCAAGGGUUUAGUCAGAAGGGUGUCCAGCCGUCCUAUGGACGCCCAUUUUUGGAAGAAAUACAAGGAAAAUACACUUACUUAAUCUCUUAUAAUUUUAUGGGAAAACAUGCCUUCUGGACGGCCAGUUUUCUGCAUUGUCUGGCUAAAAGCCUGGCUCUCAGUAUUUAGAGUCCCCUUACUCACCCAAUCUUUAUCAUCCCCUAACAGACUCACUUACUACCAUGACAACUUAAUAUGGAGUCUAUUGCAAACUUUUCAGAGAUGGACUUUUGAAAAGUUUGCGGUCAUAUGGGAUGAUCCAGAUUAGGAUCAGUGAUCCGAGGUCAGUCGACCAUGAUACAUCAAAGAAACCGUUUAAUCCUUUCCCAGGUUAUAUUCGUCGGUUCCUUUGAUGGCUAUGAUCCGAGUGAUCUCGCAUCACUGAUUCUGAUCCGAAUGCACCAUUAGUAGCCCUACCCGGCUACGGAUCAUGUUACGUUACCAGGGCCGCUUCCGUUGAAGCGUAAUUGAUGCAUUGCGCUGAUGCAGGUCGAUCACUACAACAACUUAAGUUUGCUUAAACCUAACCUGAGAGUUAGGCGCACCUAGAGAUUCACUCUUACUCUCUUAGUCUUAAAUUUGCCUUUUCACUGUGUCAAUCAAUAUGACACAGAGGAUGCUGCUAACUCUCAAGUCUGGAGACCAAAUCCUGUGAUGUGACCUUUCAGCUGAAACUUUUUAGCAGUACUUUCACUUGAAAGCUAUAGGUUUUCUGUUUGUUUGGAGAUAAAAUUUGGGGGUUUCUCGAAUUUGCAUGUGUCAUUUGGGUGGCGCCAAUAGGGAUCAUAUGUACCGUAAACGACCUAAUAAACGCCCGGGGCGUCUAUUUAAUUUCAGGGGUCUAAGCGAGAGGGGCGUUUAUUUUCAUAACUGUAACAAGCUCAAAAAAACUAAUACUGUAUGCUUUCGGCAAAAAUAUCAAGAGAGUUAAAAAAAGAGCGGAAUAUCCACUCCGUCCAUUGAUAUGUCUAGGCCGUCUAGGAACCCAUAUCGCUCUUUCAGCUCCCAACAACGAUGUCAGAAUUCUCGCUCAGGGUUAUUGUGUUGCCAUCAUUAGUCUGUCCUUACUUUGAUCUUGACAUUGAACAAGAUGAAAUACGCAAAUCCUGGUUAAUCAAACAGGAAACUGAAUGAAUUACUCCUUUUUGCUGAUUGCUAGUAUUUUGGAGUAUUUCUCACAGGAGGCGUGUAUUAGACAGGGGGCGUUUAUUUAGAAGUGGGCGUUUAUUUUUUACAUCAAUUUGUCACGGUGUAUUCUGCACACUUUUCUUAUACAUUUUGGGUGUACCCUGGAGAAAUAUUUCGUCAAAAUCUUUAGUGACAUUUUUGAUGUUUUUGACUCCAUUUGCACCCUCUUUAACGGUCUUUUUUGUUCUACCUGCAGUAUGCUGAGACGACACGAAAGUCACUUGUCAAUUGUGGCCAUGUCCAACUCCGAAGCUGCUCAUGCUGUAGCCGCCUGUCUUUCGGAGUUGUCUCCCCACAGAAAAGCCUCUUCCAGUGACUCGAACACCUUCAUUUGGGCGCUAGAUAGAUAACAGUUCUGGACUACUUAUUAGGGAAUUUAAGCAACGACGUUUUUGAGCGACAUACGUCAACCGGAAGUGGACGUUUUGCACUCUUCGGCUGUGAUUUUUUUGAACAAAUUCUUGGAGUUUAGCACAAU